GAGCUCUCAACUUCCGGAAAGGAUUGUGUUUCGCAUAUCGAUAAAUAAUUUACCUUCCUGCUUUGAAGGCUACCUUGUCAGGAGGAAAUUGAACCAUCUGUACCAUCUGAAGCCGAAUACAGAGACUGUGAGUGGGUCAUCAGGCAGUCUCCCUAUGUCAGGCCGAAACGGGUCUGCAAGUGAUGCAGACUGCCGGAUCUCUGAGGACUGCCGUGUCCCAGAUGUUGAGCUGAUGGAGCUGGGACCACUGCUGGAGGAGGGAGGGGGGCGACAGGCAGCAUCUAAAGGUGUCCAUCCAGAGGGAGCCGCAAUGCUCGCUGAUGAGGAAGAGGAGGAUGAUGAGGUGGGAGAGGUCCUGACCUUACCACUUCAGGCUCACCAUGCCAUGGAGAAGAUGGAGGAGUUUGUACACAAGGUUUGGGAGGGGCGCUGGAGGGUCAUCCCUUUUCAUGUCCUGCCAGAGUGGCUUAAGGACAACGAUUACCUCCUGCAUGGACAUCGCCCCCCUAUGCCCUCUUUCCGGGCUUGUUUUGGAAGCAUCUUCAGAAUUCACACUGAGACAGGAAACAUCUGGACUCACCUGUUAGGGCUGAUCUUAUUCCUUUGUCUGGGCACGUUAACCAUGCUGAGGCCCAACAUGUAUUUUAUGGCCCCGCUGCAAGAGAAAGUGGUGUUCGGGAUGUUCUUCCUGGGAGCUGUGCUCUGCCUCAGCUUCUCUUGGCUUUUUCAUACCGUCUACUGCCACUCUGAGAAAGUGUCUCGCACCUUCUCCAAGCUUGACUACUCGGGCAUCGCCCUCCUGAUCAUGGGCUCCUUCGUGCCCUGGCUGUACUACUCGUUCUAUUGUUCCCCUCAGCCUCGACUUAUCUACCUCACCAUUGUAUGUGUUCUCGGCAUUGCCGCCAUCAUAGUGGCCCAGUGGGACCGGUUCUCUACACCUCGUCACAGACCUACAAGAGCAGGUGUUUUCAUGGGUCUUGGACUAAGCGGCAUUGUCCCCACCAUGCACUUCACCAUCGAGGAGGGCUUUGUUAAGGCCACCACAGUUGGCCAGAUGGGUUGGUUCUACCUGAUGGGUGCCAUGUAUAUCACUGGUGCUGGUCUGUAUGCAGCCAGGAUCCCCGAGCGCUAUUUUCCUGGCAAGUGUGACAUCUGGUUCCAUUCCCAUCAGAUUUUUCAUGUACUGGUCGUGGCAGCAGCGUUCAUCCAUUUCUACGGGGUUUCCAACCUGCAGGAGUUCCGCUAUGGCCUCGAGGGGGGAUGCACAGAUGACUCUCUACUCUGAGAGGCCUGACUGUGACUUACUCAUACUUUUCUUUAUAGCCCACCAAACACCCCACGCAUGCACACACACAGAGAGACGCACACACACACACACACACACACACACACACAAACACACAAACACACAAACAGACAUACAUGCAUGCACAAGCACAGACCUGCGCACACACUUACACAUACACAUACACACACACACACACACACACACACACACACACACACACACACACACACACACAUAAAAUGCUGCUGGAAUUCAAUAUAUAGUCACUUACUGCUCCUUCUGUACUUCUGAUUUGCGAACAUCUUGUUUGGGUUUUGGUGGUCUUUCUGUUUGGCUCGUUUUUGCUCCAAUAAAAGAGCAUUAACUAGCCAUUGAACUACAGAGGGAAUCUUCAACAGGCACUACUUCUUCUAUAAUUAUGAAGCUUGAAGUCUGCAUUUUCAAGUAAGGUCAAAAUGUUAUUUUAACCAAAAUUCUAUGUUCCUGUAACAUGAUGGUUACUUCUUAGAAACGAACUAGUACCCCAACCUCUCCAUAGUCUGUUACCAAUGCACAAAGACUACAUAGAGUAUUAUUUGUGCAGUAGCAGAGGGCACAUACUGUAAACCAUUCCUUUCCUCCCUAUUAGUCUCCAUGCAGGUUAGAGGAUGAAUGUACUGUUCACCAGGUGUAGCACAGAACAAGGCCAUUUAGGUGCAUGGGUGUCUGCAUGUAUUUGUAUCAGGAGGAUGAAAGUAUACACAUACAGCAAUAUAGUGUGUAUAGGUGUCGCCAGAUGUUUUUAACUAUGCUGACACUGAUUGUGAAGCUGUCUGUUAAAACCCGGAGGACCACCACGAACCCACCCAUGCCCACUCUGCAAUAAAACAUGAGCUGUACUCUGAGGGCCGAGUGAAUACGCUAAAAUUCCAUUAAAACAAAAUGAAAUACAUUAUUAUGAAAGGAACAUAUUAGGUAUUAGGUUAGAUCCCAUAAAUAGUAACACAAGCUAUAAUGCUAAUCAGAAUUCUUCCCAAAAUUAAGGGGUUGGAUAUUUAGACAAACUGAAUUUCUCAGUUUAUUUGAAUUUUGUACUUAAGUUCCCUUGCAUUUUGAUGCAUUGUUUUAAUUGACAAAAGUUCCAGAUUAAAGGUUUUCAAAUGCCAUAAUGGCAAAGGAAAGCUGCAACUGUACAAAAAUAUACAAGCUCAGUUCAAGUUAGACUAAGAUGCUUAAAAUGUUGAAGUUAAAAGAUCUGCCCCACCAUCAUUUUUCAGUCAGACAACACAUCAUUGAUUCAUUUCUAGAGUCAUAGUUCCUGGGCUACGCACAAUGUACAGAUCUGGACAGAUCAAAUUGUGUUUUUGUCUGCUUGAGAUCUUUCUUUUGUGCUAGAUUUCAGAUGCAGUGAGAGGUGUAAAUAUGAAAUGCACCUUAGUGUAUACUAUUAAAUUCAAAACUUUAAAUCACUGUAUGGGGUUUAAAAUGUGUUAUGUAUUAUUGAUAUAAACUUUUAGUAUUCCUGUGCCUUAGGCCAACGGAAAUGUUUUUAAAUAAAACGGCCUAUCUUAACAGUCAAGGGAGCUUCAAGGAUUUCCAGAGGUUGACUUUUCUUGUUUUCCUUGCCAUAUAUACAAUCGAAUCAUUAUUGAACUUACAACUCCAUUGAUAGGUUGUAUCAACUGCUGUUUAAGACUCCUUUUUCUAGAUCAACUUAUUUGAGCUUUAUUACAAAGACUAAAACAAUGUGUAUUCUUGACUUUGUGUAAUGUCCUGUGUAGAAAGUGAUAAAUCAUACAUUUCACUGAAAUGUAAACAUAAAUAUUUAUUAAUGGUAAUCUUGGAAAAUGAUUGGAAUAAAUUUUUUUUCCACAUG